UCGAAAUUUUCACACCUUGAUCACAGCAAUCCGCCAUCAGAGCGAUGCCGUCUUAGCUUCCGCGUCCCACGCCGUUAUUUCCGCUAUGGCCGCGCACGCGCUUGCGUCUACGCGCCUUUCGUUUCUGGAAACACCAUGUUCCGUUAAGAAUGUUCUUAAAACGAGGAGCAGCGCCUCCAAGAACCGUUCAUUCUCCUCCCUCCCCGCAUUCCGCCUUCCCCUACAUCGCGCAGCUUCCUGGAAACAACGCGCCUUAUCUUCCAACCAGGGGAAAAGAAACACCUCAUCGAUGUCUGUACGGUCAGAGAUCGAUCUAGACUUGAAUCAACGGCCAGAAAUCCGCAUCGCGAUCGAAGAGAGCCUAUCGCGCUGUCUCGUCCAAUCAGAUCUCGAGGGGGCCGUGGCCGGAGUCGGGCCGAAGCAAGAGGGGAAGGUUCGGGACGUGUACUCUGCCAAGCCUGGAGCUGGUUCGGCGACGAGGAGUGACAGUAACAGUAAAGCGGGCGAAGACGUGUUGGUGGUGGUUACCACGGAUCGCCAAAGCGCGUUCGACCGGAUUCUCGCGUCCGUACCUUUCAAAGGGCAGGUCCUCAACCAGACGAGCGCGUGGUGGUUCGAGCAGACGGCCUCCAUCGUCCCCAACGCCUUCCUCUCGUCGCCCGACCCCAACGUCACCAUCUUCAGAAAGUGCCGAGUCUUCCCAGUGGAGUUCGUUGUCCGCGGCUACAUCACCGGCACCACCAGCACAUCGCUCUGGACUGUUUACAACACGGGGGCGAGGUCCUACUGUGGGAACGACCUGCCAGAAGGCCUGCGCAAGAACGACCGACUUGCGGCCAACAUCCUGACUCCCACCACCAAGGCCGCGGACCACGACGAGCCAGUCACCCCAGAGGAGAUCGUGUCCCGCGGGCUCAUGACUCAGGAGGAGUUUGAAGCCACCCGGGACUUGGCCCUGAAGCUGUUCGCGUUCGGGCAGGACGUGGCGGGGGAGCACGGGCUCAUUCUGGUGGACACCAAGUACGAGUUUGGGAAGGACUCGGACGGCAACAUCCGUCUCAUUGACGAGGUGCACACCCCCGACUCCAGUCGCUAUUGGAUCGCAUCCACGUACCAGCAGAGGCACGCCGAGGGGCUAGAGCCACAAAACAUAGAUAAGGAAUUCCUCCGGCUCUGGUUCCGGGAAAAUUGCGACCCAUACAAUGACAAGACGCUCCCUGCAGCACCGCCCCAUCUUAUCACGGAGCUAUCCUGGCGCUACAUUGCACUGUACGAGGCCAUCACUGGGCGGCGAUUCCACCUUCCUCGCCUCACUGAGGACGUUUCGAAGAGAAUAAACCGCAACGUGGCUGACGCUCUCCAGGGCUUGUGAAAUGCCGUACCUGCUCGAGCAGAGUGUACUCAUGCACAAUUGGUGAAUUAGGUACAGUACACAUCACGGUCAUACGGUAGAUGAUAUGGAACCCCACAGAAUGACCACCUUUCGUUUCUUUGUGAAACAUUUCAUAUGAUGACCGAGCUUCAUUUCACAUGCUUUGCA